CUGCUCCCCGUCCUCAUAUAUACGGCGGCGCACGCCUACACCUACCCUGCUCUGCCGGCCCGGCCAACCCCGCGACGAAGACGCGAACCCUAGCCAGCCUCCACUUCCAAAUCCUCCUCUCCUCUCGAUCUCUAUAAAAGACCGCAAAUUUCGAAUCUUUUUCCCCGCGGGAUCGCCACCGGCUCCCGUUCCCGCGCAAAUCGGCCCCGGAUUUGAGCGGAUUCGACUCCUUUGUUGUCCGUUUGGUUGGAUUGGAAGUUCUGUUGGGGAUUUAGGGGGUGGAUGGCGGAGGCGGCGUUGGAGGGGAGCCAGCCGGUGGAUCUGUCCAAGCACCCCUCCGGCAUCGUCCCCACGCUCCAGAAUAUUGUGUCUACGGUCAACUUGGAUUGUAAAUUGGACCUGAAAGCAAUAGCUCUUCAAGCACGCAAUGCGGAAUAUAACCCCAAGCGUUUUGCUGCAGUUAUCAUGCGGAUAAGAGAACCAAAAACUACAGCAUUGAUAUUUGCAUCAGGAAAAAUGGUCUGCACUGGAGCGAAAAGUGAACAACAAUCUAAACUUGCUGCUAGGAAGUAUGCUCGCAUCAUCCAGAAGCUUGGUUUUCCUGCAAAAUUCAAGGACUUCAAGAUUCAGAAUAUUGUUGGGUCUUGUGAUGUCAAAUUCCCAAUCAGGCUUGAGGGUCUUGCAUAUUCUCAUGGUGCUUUCUCAAGUUAUGAGCCAGAGCUCUUCCCCGGCCUAAUCUAUCGAAUGAAGCAACCGAAGAUUGUCCUUCUGAUUUUUGUUUCAGGCAAGAUUGUCCUGACUGGAGCAAAGGUGAGGGAUGAGACAUACACUGCCUUUGAAAACAUAUAUCCUGUGCUCACAGAGUUCAGAAAAGUCCAACAGUGAUAGCUUAUUGGAAGUAAGAAAAUAUGGGGGAUCUUAUUGCUCUCUGCCAGCUCCAAGUGUACAUAUAAUCUGGACUCUGGAGAAGCUUAUGCUGUCUAACUUCCAAGUCUUGAUCAUGACUCAUGUUUAACUCAUGGAUAUAUCCGAGUAACUUUGAUGGACAGUUGAGGCUUGUGAUGCUGUGGAACGCCAAUAAGACUGAAAGCAGAUUUUGCUCCCGGCUUUUCGUUAGUCUUUUCUGAGUGUUUCUGAUGAUGAAAAGGCAAUGUAGUGUAUGUGCUCCUUGACAUUUUACAGUACCAAAAGAAAGAGACAUUCUGAUGGACUAUUGGCUAUUGCUAAUUGUUGCGUACACAACAACUAAUGUUCAAAAAAACAGGAUAGUUGUUUUCCCCUUAUAUUUGCCCCCUUUUGUUGGUAUUCUUGGCCUUUAUAGGCAAGGAAGGACAUUGUCAGUGCUCUGGCUGUGCAACCCUA